UUUAAAUUAGGUAUGAGAGCAACUAAUAGACUAUUACCCUUGAAUAUACUUUUAAGUGGUAGAUCCGGUAUCGGCACUACAAUAAGGCUUAUUUUAAUCUGAAAGGAAGGUGAAUGAAGUGGGCUGUGGCCUGAGGUGAUUCAACUAAUUACCGAAAACUAACAAUGAAACAGUAGACUUUUGCAGGAACGAACCAAUUACACUGAGGAAUACGGUACAGUAUAGCCUUUAAAGAUGAGUAGCAGUGAAAGUGAAGAUGAAAUAAUGGAACUGGAGCUGUCAGCUGAGACAAUGGGGGCAUUGAUGGAGUAUUACAUGGAGCAAGCAGAAAGGGAACAAAAACUUCGAGAAAUUGAAGAAGGCGAUGUUCCAGACUCAUUUGAGGAAAACUGGAACAUGAGCCAGUUCUGGUACUCAGAAGAGACUGCAAGGAGUUUAGCAGAAGAAUGCAUAAGGACUGCUGGUAAUAAUGGCUCCAUAGCCUGUGUUUCAGCACCAACACUCUACAGAACAUUGAUGAAAAUGGAACAUAGUUGCUCUGUAAAAGUUUUGGAAUUCGAUACAAGGUUUUCCGUCUACAAGGAUGAUUUUAUCUUUUAUGACUUCAAGGAUCCUUUAGGAGUUCCCCGAAAGUUACACGAACAUUUUGAUGUGAUAGUGGCAGAUCCGCCCUAUCUCUCUGAUGACUGCUUUACAAAAACUGCCAUUACUGUAAAGUUCUUAAUGAAACCCGAUGCUACAAUUAUUGUCUGCACUGGAUCAGUAAUGGAAGAAUUAGCAGAACGGUUAUUAGGGGUAAAGAAGUGCCAGUCUGAAAUUAAGCAUGAAAAUAGUCUCAGUAAUCCUUUUGUGUGUUUUGCAAACUACAACUUGGACGACCAUUGGAAAAGUUGAUUAAUGAAAAAAUGACAGAGUUCUUUGCCUGCACUAAUGCAGAUUAUUAAUGUGGCUGUGAAGCAUGUUUUUUAUUGCAAAGUGAUUGUGAAAUUGAAUUGAUGUAAUCAAUUGUCAACUCAUUACAUUUCUUGCUUUUUUGUUGUACAGUAGUACAUUUAUGUGAGUAUCUGAUUAUUGUUUAUCUCAUCAGUAGGCUGUCUUCUGCUAUUUAAUAAUAAUGGUACUGUAAUUUAUUUUUUCAUCUAAUUUUAUCAUGGCACCUAACUAUAGGAGGCAUGAAUAUUUUCAAACUUUUAGAUGUCAUCUGUAUUACAUCUGAAGGGCACUGUUAUAUGUAGCAGAAUUCUAAGAUUUAUGAUACUCACACUGUUAAUUUUUGCAUCAGUCCUUUGACAUGUGGAAUACUGUAUAAUCUUCACAAAUUGUGCAUGAUAAAUUAACUACCCUGUAAUAUUUCUUAGUGGUGUAACACCUCCAAGACAACUUUGACCUCAAGGAUAUACCGAGCAAUUGUGUUUUAAUACUUCAGAAACUUGAAUUCCUUAGCCUUUAUACCUAACUUAUGUAUGUAUAUAUUUUGCACUUUGCUAUACAAAUAGAAGAGUUCCUUAUUGGCUGUUAUCUAAAACUGACAAGUUUUUAACUUUCUCCUCAUAUAGUUAUAGUAUUUAACUGAUGUUUAACGAUGUACAAUAACUAAUAUUAAUUUAUUAUUAAUUUCAUUUCUCAGUAUACUUUUCAUAACUUGUUUCCUUUGUUGAGGUAUGAUAAUCCUUGUACAGUAUUAUUUUAUCACUUUGGUUGCCAACUAUUUUUUAACAAUCUGUUUACUACUUUUGCAUCAUGCCCAUUUCAUCCAAGGAUAUCAUUCAUUAUUCUUCCCUCCUCCACCAGCCUUCUAUAAAAUCAUUUACUUUCAAAUCAUAAAAGUUUCAUUGCAUAAUUUUUGUCAUAGUACUCAGGUUUUGUAUUCAUUUGUUAUGGUAUACCUGUAAUUAUAUUUUUAGAUAAAUCCUGUA